CGAGGCGGCCGGCCUUGGGCAGCUGCCAGCCCGGGACAGACGCCGCCUCGUCCCGCUUCUCCGUUGAGCUGCGGCGCGGCCGGGCAGGGCGUCCGGGCCUCCGCCGCGCGGCCGGGGCCUCCGGGGCCCGCCGGGCUCAGCAUGCCCGGGGUGAAGCUGACCACCCAGGCCUACUGCAAGAUGCUGCUGCACGGCGCCAAGUACCCGCACUGCGCCGUCAACGGGCUGCUGGUGGCCGAGAAGCAGAAGCCGCGCAAGGACCACCUGCCGCUCGGCGGCCCCGGCGCCCCGCACACGCUCUUCGUGGACUGCAUCCCGCUCUUCCACGGCACGCUGGCCCUGGCGCCCAUGCUGGAGGUGGCCCUCACCCUGAUCGACUCCUGGUGCAAAGAUAACAGCUACGUGAUUGCCGGCUACUAUCAAGCUAACGAGCGGGUGAAGGAUGCCAGUCCCAACCAGGUGGCAGAGAAGGUGGCCUCCAGAAUCGCCGAGGGCUUCAUGGACAGCGUGCUCAUCAUGGUGGACAACACCAAGUUCACAAUGGACUGCGGGGCACCGACCAUCCACGUGUACGAGCACCACGAGAACCGGUGGCGGUGCCGAGACCCACACCAUGACUACUGUGAGGACUGGCCGGAGGCUCAGAGGGUCUCGGCGUCGCUCCUGGACAGCCGGUCCUACGAGACGCUUGUGGACUUCGACAACCACCUAGACGACAUUCGGAACGACUGGACAAACCCAGAGAUCAACAAGGCCGUCCUGCACCUGUGCUAGGGCCGGAGGGGAGCCUGCUUCUCGGGUGGCGAGGGCGCCACCACCUCGCUGCCAUGCGGGCCACGGGAGAGGCCGGCCUCCCGCGGGUUCCACACAGUCGCACGCUGCUGUCCGCCUCCAGAUCAGCAGUGGCCGCUUGUCCAAGAUUGUGCUGUAAGAGUUUUAACUGACCUUUUAUAAUGCGAGAGAAUACUUUUUAAGGCUUAUGGACUAUUAAAACCAAGCCCACAUCA